GCUCUCUGAGAACAUGACUUGUGGAACAACACAACCUGUGCGGCUUUUAUAUAUGUCCCGGCAUUGAACUGACUGAACAUUUCCACAAUGUUGGCUUGUAAACGGAUCUUAACCGGCACUAUGAUCUCUGCUCUCCGGGUUCAUCGCAGUAGUAAAGUUGCUGUGUGUGGCCAUGUGCAGAGGUGGCUGUCCUCACAAACGGACGGAGAGACCCGCAUCGCAAACGUGCUGAAGGAGAAGUUCCCGUUAGCCGCGUCGCUCAAAGUUGUGGAUAUAUCAGGUGGUUGUGGAGCCAUGUAUGAGAUCCAUAUAGAGUCCAAUGAGUUCAAAGGAAAAAGGACCAUCCAACAACACCAAUUAGUUAAUCAGGCGCUCAAGGAGGAGAUUCAAGGAAUGCACGGACUGCGAAUAUUCACUGAUGUUCCAAAACAUUAGAGAAAGUCCUUCCACUGCUGACCCACAACUUUCUCCUUUGUUCAACCUGUCUAUCGUGAAUGUAGAGUUUUAAAGAGUGUAGUUGUUAAUGUGUCAGUGGCAGAAAAGCAGAGGGACAUUGUCUCAUUGUCUCUGGCAGUUACACAUUAACAGUGGGAAAUGUAAAAUAAAUGUAUGGCUACACUAGUGAGAUAUCAUCUACUCUGUGAUGGUACAUAAAACGGGUGAAGGCUACAAUACGCACAAAAUGACUUGGGGAAAAUGCUUUUAAAAAGUCAAGUUAUGUAGGUUUUUGACCAAUUUGGGGUUUUCUCAGGGUUGAUAAUACUAGUCUAAUAAAUAGCAGCCGAGGAAGUAGUCAAUACAAUCUUCCUAAAUGUUGGAGAAUUACUACACACUCUUGUCUGUGGAGCAUUAUUUUUCACUGUGAUCACAAUUUAUCUGUUACUGUUCAAUGAAAGUUGAUUGAUUUUUAAAUCAAUUACUAACUAUUGGAUUAUACAUGGACCUCGUAUUCAUGCUACCUAUGCAUUGAUAAUGCUUAUUGCAAUAAAAAGCAGGAGCUUUCCUCCACAC